AUGAGGCUGCUGGGGAGUUGGUCCACAACAGAUGGUUCACGUCGUACCUUGAGAAGGGAGAUUCCAGCAGCAGCAGCAGCAGCAGCAGCCUCCAGUAGCAGCUCCCACUCCUCAGAUGCUGCAGAGCUGCAACUCACACACAACACCCAGCAGCAUCCAGGAGCACAGCUGCUCUCUACUCACACUCCCACGGAGGAUGGCCCCGUUGAUGACACACAGAGGGGCUGUGAAUGCUGUGCUGAAGUUCCAGACACCAGCCACUGGGUCCUGGUGGAGCCUGAGGUUUCCACAGAGAAGAGCAUCUCAACCUACAGCCUGAGCUCUGCUGCAGGGAGCUAUGAGUGCUCAGAGUCCAGUCUGCGAUGGUCGUGUGGUGGUCCAGUCACCCUGCAGUAUCGUUUCAUGGACUGGUACAUUUUCACUGAAGAGCUGGCCCGUAUGCAGUGCAGUCCAGCUGGUCCUCUGAUGGAUAUCAAGGUCAUGUCAGGAGUGCUGGAGGAGAUCCACCUGCCUCAUUUCCUGUGUUUGGGAGGUAGCCAGUCUGCUCUGAAGGAUGCUGUGAAGGUUCUGCAUCAGCAGGAUGGUGGAGUGUAUCUGGAGACAUGUGAGCUGACCAGACACCACGCCAGACUUGUCCAGCCCUCCCUCUCUCCUCUUGGCCUUCUCUACGAUUUAAAAUCCUGGAUCCUUGGGGAGGUGCAUGCCAACGUCCUGGUGUACGAGUGCGAGUCUCACCGGGAGUUCCGCUGCUACCUGCUGCCCGAUGAAGCCAAUCAGAAACAGAAGGUGGAGUGUGAGGAGCAGAAAUGUGGGGGGCAUAAAAUACGUUAUCCCAACCCUGACUGUCUUCGGAUUAAUGAAUGCUACAGUCUGUGUGCAGAUCCGUCUACUGACUGUGUCAUUAGAAUCACCCCAGAUAAGAUGAUGCUGAUGUACAGGGAGACCCCCAACUUCUUCCUGGUGAAGCUUCCUGAUCCAGCCCCCACCUCCCUCCACCUGCAGCUCUUCAGUUCAGCCAGCAGGGGGCAGCAGGCCCUGUGGAGCGCAGAGCUCCAGACUGGCACACAAGGCAGGCAGACCAGGAGCAGAGGCCUGACAGAAGCUCAACGGGCAGUUUCGGGAGCAGAGAUCGAGGAGACGGAAAACUUGCCCCCUCCUCAGGUCACCGCACAUGCCUCCAGCCGAGGUCUCAUCUCCAGCCUCCCCCGUGGAGCUGAGCCUGUUGACACCCACACUGCUGUGGACCAGGCCACGGGCCGUCAAGACCUUCAGACACCUGAGUGCUCAAGCAGAGCCCUGAAGUCGAGCACCAGGACACAGACUGUGGACCUCUUCAGUACGUUUGAUGAUUUGCGGUGUAAGGAGCUGAAGCGGUUCAAGGCAUACCUAUCUGGGAAGAUCAUGGAGGGCUUUGAGCCUAUUCCCAGAGGACAGCUGGAGCGGUGUGAUGAGACAGACCUGGCCUCUAAGAUGAAGGAGAGGUAUGGGGAAGAAGGGGCUGUGAGAAUGACUCUGACCAUCUUGAGGAAAAUGGAGCUCAACGACCUUGCCAACAGACUAGAGGAGUCUAUCACCUUGACAGGCCAAUGA